AUGACAACAGGUCCAUCCAGUGGAUCAGAUGUGCUUAUGAUUGAGGAAUCCCCUGUCAAGGUUGAGGUGCUGGGCGAGGAUGACAAGAAUCCAUCAAACGACACGAAGGCCAAGAAGGUAGAGCAGAUCGCGCAACUCCGAGAGCACCUUAAGACUUUGGAGCUUCAAAUGGCCAAAGCCGCGUCAUGCCAUGCUGUCAUCGCUGCAGAUUUGAAGAGCUCUUCAACUUCAUCGGUUCUCGUCGAUGAAUCGCUCCCAUAUGGUCAAGAUUCAGAUCCCACUAUUCCCAUGGAUCUGUCCUCUGGUGUAACAGCAUCGGUAGAGGGGAUGAUUGCGAGGGGCGAACAAGCGGAUGCUGCUCAACUCCCUGAAGUCGAGACAAAGGAUCAGGAGGUUCUCACUCGUCGACAGCAACUUGGGCAGAUUGCUGAUUUGAACGAGGAGAAAAAGGAGAAUGGUGGGAGAGGUGGCCGUGGACGAGGUCGCGGACGUGGCCGUGGUAGGAAGGCUGAGGAGAAGCUGGCAUCCACUCCAGAGAAAAAGGUUCCUUCGAAGAGACCCCCGGUUGAGUCCCAGGCCAACACUCCUGAGAGACGCGAGCUGUUUCCAGACCCUGCUGCUGAGCCUCCUGUGCCUGAGGCAGCUUCUUCCUCAACGAAGCAGCCCAAGAAGAGGGCCAAAGCCAAAGCGCAGGGAAAAGCAAAGGCGAAGGCAGCUCCUUCCCAGCCUGCAGAGCCUGCCCAACCCGAAGCUGAGGCAGGUGGGUCUGCCCCAGAACCGGAUGAUGGAAAGGUGGCAGCCGAUGGAAAGAUGGAGCCUGCGCAACGCCUCCCAGGUCAGAGGAUCCAGAAGCCUGCUCUCAAGCUUUUGAAGGAGUCCAAGGCUGACCCAGCUGCCUGGUUCCAUGUCCAAGAGCUGCACAAGGCUCUGAAAUUCCACAAGCUCACUGACAAGAAGGAGGUGCCCAAAUAUGAUUUUUGGAGCCUUAGCAUGUAUUGGCAAACCAAGAGGGUGGGGCUGCUCCAGAAGCAGGAGUCGGGCUUUGUCCAUGUCACGUCCUUCGGGUGCACUUGGUGCAAGAACAUUGCGAUGUGUGCCCACGCAGCCCGUAUGUUUAUCAACUUCGUUGGUGGUGACAAACCGGUGGCAAAGUGCAAACCCCUUGAUGACGAGGUGGUUGUGGCUUAUUUGGACUCCUUGACGGAGCUUGUGAAGGCUGUUGGAAUUGCUGAUUCCCUCGGCUUGAGUUUGGAGGACAUCGAAAUUUAA